UAUACACUUGAUUGUCUACUUAGCUACCCGACAUCAUAAUUUAAGUUAUUGUAAAAAUGAAUUUUCUUUUAUGGUGCAUAAUAGUAACAGUAUUGAAAGGCGCAUCUUCAUCGAGGGUUUUAGAAUUAAGUGAUAAAUUUAUUGAUAUCAGUAGUGAUGGCAUGUGGUUUGUGAAGUUCUAUGCACCAUGGUGCGCUCAUUGUCGUCGACUGGAACCGAUCUGGGCACAUGUUGCCCAGACUCUAUACAGUUCCCCUAUAAGAGUAGCAAAAGUAGAUUGCACACGAUUUCCAGCUGUGGCUACUCAUUUUAAAGUACGAGCAUAUCCCACUAUAUUAUUUAUAAAAGGGUCAUUCCAUCAUGAAUACAAUGGUGAGAGACUAAAAGAAGAAAUGGUAAAUUAUGCAUUGAGAAUGUCUCAACCAGCUAUCCAAAAGUUGUCACAUGCAGAAAGCAUUGGAUAUUUAAAAGAUGUUCAUCCUGUGUUCUUCGGGUAUAUUGGAAAGCAGCAAGGACUAUUGUGGGAAAUGUACACCUUAUAUGCUGAAAAAUAUCAACCACAUACAUGGUUUUAUUCUAUGUCCCAUGAAAUGGUGAAGAGUGAUUUGAAACCACCUAAUGAAACAGCACUUUUUGUAUACAAAGAAGAUGACGUGUUUUUCUAUGAAGCAAGUUCCACUGUAAUUGAAAACAAAGAAGCAUUGAAUAUUAGUCUUGAUAAGUGGAUUAACUCUGAACGAUUUGGGUUUUUCCCGAAGAUUACCCGAUCCAAUAUAAAUGACCUUAUGGACACAGAAAAGUAUAUUGUAAUUGCUGUUGUUUCUGAAAACAAACUUAGUGAAAUUACACAAACAGAAAGGGACUUCAAAGACAUGAUUGAGGGGAUCAUCAAAAAGAGGAAGCGUGAACUACAUCAUCGAUUUCAAUUUGGAUGGCUGGGUAACCCAGAAUUGGCAAAUUCUAUAGCAAUGUCAGAAUUAACAGUGCCACAUCUGUUAGUGUUAAAUUCAACUACCAGUCAUCAUCAUAUCCCUGAUGACGAUCCAGUAUUAAUGACACCAGAGGCUGUUUCUAUUUUUCUUGAUCAAAUACAUGAUCAGACGGCACCGGCAUAUGGUGGCAACAGUUGGCCUGUUCGACUAUACAGAGGAUUCUAUGAAGCAAGAACUACUUUAACGAACAUGUGGCGUGGUAAUCCAGUGUUAACUGCUCUAGUAUUUGGAUUACCACUAGGUUUCUUAUCCCUUAUCUGCUAUUCAGUCUGUUGUGCUGACAUACUUGAUGCAGAAGAGGAAGAAUCAUCAGAUACUCAUGAGAAGAAAGAUUAGAUACAGAGCGACUGAACUGCUUGCAGAAUGUAUUUACGCAACAAAAUACACGGACAUUAUAAACAACAUCGAAAUUUACUUAUUUUUCUGUUGUGAUCGUUUUGCAUGACUGAUAAUUUGAAUAGUACU